AUGUAUCUUGACAAAAAGGGUCACCAAGAAACCCAUACGCCAACAUCGAAUUUUAGGUUAUCGCGAUGGAAACACAAAGCUUUGCGACCUGUGGCUAUUAUCUCUACCCUAGCAAUCCUGUGGACUCAGUAUUUUCGAGACAAUCUCAGGGGCCUACAGACUAUCCAACCGGUAGCUGAUAGGGAAUUUCAGUGGGACUGCAUCACACCAGGCAAGCAACUCAUUUAUCACCCCUGCUACGAAAAUGGCGACUUCGAGUGUGCCCGUCUCGAGCUACCAAUGAACUACAAUGCCACGGACAGUGAAGGGGCAAAGAUCGCACUAGCAGUGAUUCGGCUUCCAGCAAGAGUUCCAGUCACAGAUGUGCGAUAUGGCGGUCCUGUUAUUCUGAAUCCCGGUGGACCUGGUGGGUCUGGCGUAUCCCUUGCCGUUACCAGGGGUAAGGCUAUUCAAAAAAUUAUUGAUUUUGAGACAUCUCCCGACCAUGCAGAUGCCCAAUCAUCCAGUGCAAAGUAUUUUGAUGUGAUUAGCUUUGAUCCAAGAGGAGUCAAAAAUACCACUCCUCAACUCUCUUGUUUUGUCAAUUCGGCAGCGCGAGACGCGUGGCAGCUUGAGUUGGAGGUAGAGGGGAAUUCUGGGAGCUCAGAUAUUGCAUUUGAUCACCUUUGGGCACGGGCAAAGGCCUUUAGCGAUACUUGCUCUACUCUGGAUGUUGAUGCUGGUGGUUCGGAAUGGAUAGGACGUUUCAUGAACACUCCGCCGGUGGUGGCAGAUAUGGUUGAACUUAUCGAGCGGCAUGGCGAGUGGCGUGAGAAGGAGAGUACCAGAUGUCUAGAUACUGGAGUGAAAUCUGAAGUUCAAGUGCAAAACACUCGGCGGAACAAGUGGCAGAAGGGAGAGGAAAAAAUUCUGUAUUGGGGAUUCUCAUAUGGAAGUGUUCUGGGUGCAACUUUUGCUGCGUUGCAGCCCCACCGCAUUCAUCGCUUGGUGGUUGAUGGAGUUUGCGACUCAGAUGAUUACUAUGAUGGUAAUUGGCUCGCUAAUCUUCAGGAUGCAGACUCAGCACUGGAAAAGUUCUUCGAUUACUGCCAUGAAGCAGGUCCGAAGUCAUGUCCAUUUGCCUUGGACAGUUUACACACGACCAGAGAGCGCUUCUACGAUAUUCUCGCUGAUAUCUCAGUCAACCCCGUUGCAGUUCCUGGAUCAACGAAUAGAGGACCUGAAAUCGUCACAUAUAGCGAUGUUAGGGUGAUAAUUAUCAGGUCUCUGUACUCACCAAUGGCCAAUUUUCCAAUUUUGGCAGAACUCCUCACGGAUCACUCUCGUCGCAAUGGAUCUUCCUUUGCAGAUCUCAAAGCUCAGACCCGGAAGGCUCUUCAUGAUGAAGGAAAUUUUGAGGCACUGUCAGGUAUUCUAUGCACAGAUGCAAAAGACAUGCAUGGAAUUGCAAAGCAUGAGUAUAUGAAGUAUUGGCAAACCCUUCAAAAUCAAAGUCACGCACUCGGAGAUGAAUGGUCUGCCAUUCCAAUCCAGCUUACAUACUAUAGUGCCGUCAAAAUGUCUUCUGGCUUCUCCGGUGCCGGAGUACUACAGCAAAACUCCGUCGGUCACUGUUCAUUGGCUGCAUCCUCCGAAUGUACCACCAAGUUCGUUAGAAAUUAUUUCCAAACAGGGGAGCUUCCACCCCCGGGAACAAUCUGCGAGAUAGAUGCGCGGCCUUUUGGGCUUCCUGGUUAG